AUGACACGUGCCACACCCUUUCUGUUCGUGGGUUCCCCUCUCAACAGGAUACGAAGACCAGAUCUAUCGCAGAUCUAUCGUCUCGCUACCAAAUCAAAUCUUCAUCUUGCUCCUACCUUUCCCACAUCUCCUCCAUCACCACCGUCACCUGAUCCGGCCACGCCGCUGCUUCCGGCGGUUCCGAUGACACAAUUAACCUCUACGACCUCCCUUCCACAUCCUCCCUCGACUCCCUCCUCGGCCAUAACCACACAGCUUCACUCACCGCCCUCUCCUUCUACACUCCCUCUUCCCUCUCCUUCCCUCGCAAUCUCAUCUCCGCCGCCGCCGAUGGCCCCGUCGCGAUCUUCGACACUGAACCUUUUGUUCUCCUCAAGUUGUAAUGAUCUCGCGAUUCAUCCUUCUGGGAAGCUUGCUUCGGCUGUGUCGUGUGACGAGUGCUUUGCGAUGUUGAAUCUUGUGAAAGGAAAGAGGAGUUUUUGUUGUAGUUUGGGACACAAGGCGAGUCUUUUGGUGUUCAUCAUUCUGAGGAUAUCUUCCAAGGGAGCUUCUGAGAAUGAUUCUGAAGAUGAGUUCUAUGAUGUUGAGAGGUCGGAUUCUCAGGAUAGUUUGUCUUCCGAUGGUACUACUGUCUCUGGCAUACUUGUUACUGGUGAUGUAACUUCUUUCUCAGUGUCUACUUGUCCAUGGAAGGAAGAACUUGAAAUGCUUAUCCGAGGUGGUGUACCCAUGGCUCUGAGGGGGGAGCUGUGGCAAGCAUUUGUGGGUGUGAAGAAACGACGUAGAAAAGAUUAUUACCAAAACCUUCUUGCUGAAGAUAGUUCUGGGAACAACAUAGCUGAGGAGGAUACGCAGCAUGUUGAUGAGAAAGGUUCAAAUACAGAGUCCCUUGCUGUUGUGGAAAAAUGGAAAGGACAGAAAGAAAAGGUAGUACCGUAUAAUUUGCCGAGAGUUGACUCCCUCUACCUACUUGUGCAGUCUUAG